AGGGUCGUUCAGUAGUCUCGUUACGGCCACCACACACUACACGUCAUGGACGGAUUUGGCCAAGCAUUUUUGGAUUCUUUUGCCAUGACUUCAGUUCUCCGUGUUGGAUUCACCGUGGUGGAGAGUUUCAAAUAGUAAAGAAGGCCCUCUCAAUAAUUAUGGCUGCCUAAGAGCGGGGGAGCAGAAGAAGGGCCCCCUUUGGGGGUCCGCAGCUGAGUAAUGGCUCCCCUUUGCUCCUAUCAUUACUUCAAUAUCUGAUGGAGGGAAAUUGUUGAAAGUUUGUGGAACAUUAUAUAGCAACCAAUGGUUAUUAGUUAGCUCUACAUGAGAGGAAGUGACUGUGAGCUUUUAAAAUGCCUUGUUAUACUCUGGACAUAUCACAUGUAAUGUGCAGUUAGAUACAUAGAGGGCAGUUUUGACUGUAGUGUUUGUAUCUUGUAGAAACUAGAAUAAAAAACAUGGAAAGUAAUACAAUACUAACACUGUAAAGUGCACUAUAGAACAAGCUAUGCAGUAAUACUGUAUAUGAACCAAUUGUUUUAUAGACAGCAUCUCCUAUGGAUUUACUCAACAGGAAACAUUUACGAGUUGCUUAUUGAAAAACUAUUGCCAGUUGGCAGUUCAUGUGAUAUUAUUUUCCCCAUAUGAAUCCAGAAUAUAUGUACGUAUACCUUGAAUUCAGACUGUUGUAGACUCAACAAAUUGAGCCUUGUGUGCUCCAGACCUCCAGUGUUCUUCCAGUUUAUCAUGAAGACACAAAAAUAUAUCUAAUGUCUUUCAUAUGUAUGGCUGUGAAUUAACUUGGAGCUGGUCUCCAGGUUUUUUUUUUAUUGGUUCUCUUGAUUUUAAGAACCCUCACGUGUAUGUGUUGGAAGUAAUUACCUGUAAUUACUCUUACUAAGAAUUAGACAUUUUUGUGUACAUAAUUAUGGAUAUGAUAGAGUUGAGAACUAUAGCUCUCUUGAUUUAGAGAAAAUUUGAAGACAAUCUUAAAUCAAUAGCUAUGAUUCAAAAGCAGUUCCAAGUAGAAAAUGAAAUAUUUCAGUCAUGAGCUGAUAGUGUCCACGGUAUUGUACAUUGUGUCACUUGUAUGGCAUAAUCAAGCUGUGAAUUAGGUAUGUAGAUGGAGUGAAGAACUGAAGGUUGCCCUACACCAGCUGGACAGCUAUUUUGUUGUUUGCAGUUGCUUUCAUAUUCCAAGUAUAAGAGCAAAAUGAGUCGAGCACUGGAGUCAAAUUGCACUUCUGGGUGUCGUUCCCGGAAACAUGGAUCACUUAUCACUGCAGCAAUCAUCAGGGGGUCUGAGGCACAAGCAAUUUCAUAUACAAAGAAUCUGUGUCAGCGUUGUUGUUUUGUGUCGGAUGAAACGGGGAAAACUGCGCUUCACACUGCAGCUUCUUGUGGCAAAAGAAAGGUGGUGAAGUGGCUGCUGUCAAAAGGAGCAUCGGUGAAUCAGCGUGACUGGGAAAGUGGUUAUACUCCCUUACAUCGUGCACUCUUCUAUGGUCAUCUUCAUGUUGCUUGUGCUUUAAUUCAGGCUGGUGGUAACUUAUCAACCUUGGAUCAUGAUGCUCUUACACCACUGGACCAUGCAAACUUUGAUAGGCUAUCUACAGUUUCCUUCAACAAUGGAUUAUCAAAGCGGGUCUAUGUGUGGGGUAAUAACACAAAUUAUAAUUUAGGACAGGCAAACCAACAUGCAAGAGGAACACCAGAGUGUUUAGAUUCUUUACAUCGUGAAGGUGAUGACCUAAAGGAUGUGGCUAUGAGUAAAUUUCAUACUUUGUUCCUUGGUACUGGUGGUCGUGUAUAUGCUUGUGGUCAUGGCCAAGGAGGUCGGCUGGGACUGGAUACCAAUUCCCCAGUUAUCACCCCACGUCUUGUUAAGGCCUUCUUACAUGAAACUAUUGAGAAGGUGGCUGUAGGUCCUGACCAUUCUCUGUUUUUAAACUCUUUGGGACAAGUGUGGAGCUGUGGUACUAACUUGUAUCAUCAGUUGGGACUUAAUCCACCACCAGAACAUGUUUAUACUCCAAGAUUGCUCACUUGGCAUAAAUCCCAUAAGGAAAAUAUUGAAGGUAUUGCUGCAGCCAAAUACCACUCUGUUAUGUGGACACACACCAUGCUGUAUACAUUUGGUCUCAAUGCAGGCCAACUUGGUCAUUUCAAGAAUGCUAAUGAACGUACCAUUGUCAUCCCAAGACAGGUGACGUCAGUGGUUUUAAAUGAAAAAACUCGGCUUGUCUCUGUGGGAGCUAGUGAUGGAGCCACUGUAUUGUCAACAUCAUCUGGGGAUAUAUAUGUUCUUCAUCAGUACCAAAUACGCAAGGUAGCCUCUAGGCUGUGUGGAGUGAGCAAGGUGGCAUGUGUUGGAGGUCACUUAGAUUCAAAAAUUGGAGCAGAUGGUCUCAUAGAACAUGGAGGUGAUGACCUUAAGAUUGCUGUCCUCACUGGAAAUGCAUUAGGUCAUCUGUAUUUUUGGACUGCAGAGUCCUCUCAGCUGUCACGCUGUACUUUUAGCAUCAACAGAGAAUUAAUUUUAUCUGACUUCUGUCUGGGUCGUCAUUGCAUUGGGAUAGUAACUGAUAAAGGAGAGGCCUUCUCUGCUGUUGUAUUGCCUCUUCGUGAACGCAAGACAUCUGAUAAGCUUUCUUUUCGUAGAUUUUCAGGAAUAAAGGGUCAAGUUCUUGAAUUCCAUGAUCGCAGUACUUAUUUCACAUUACGCAUCACUCGUAUUGCUGCUUUGCACCGCACUACUGCCAUCAUGUGUGAUCCAAAGGGUCUUAAUUUUGCUGCUCUCCAGUUGGAUCUAAGUGCUCUUGUGUCAAACAUACCCCAAGUAUGCCAUAGUACUGCAGUAGAAAAUUUUGGGUCUCUACUUAAAGAAGCUAAUGAAUUGGAUACAAUACACGAUGUUGUGAUUGUAUGUGGCACUCAAAGAUUUCCUGCCCACUCCUAUAUCUUGGCAAGCCAUAGUGGUUAUUUCUGCCGCCAACUCAUUAAUGAAAGGGGCAACUUGCUGGAUGAAAAAGUGGAUGUUCAGAAGGUGUGGGGCAACACUCUUCAGAAUUCUGGAAAGAAACUCGUGAUUCUUCAUAAUAUUCAACCAGAUGUCUUUCAAGAAGUAUUGACAUUCAUAUAUACUGGUUCAUGCAAAUUUACUGAUGGAGGCUGUAAUCGGAAUGGGCCAACAAAUGACCAGCUGUUGGACGAUAUCAAUAGUAAUACUCCAGUCAAGCAUGAAUGGACAUCAAGUGAAAAUUUAAACCAAAGGUCUGCUUAUUCAUUAUACAAAGAAGAAGCAGAGUGUGUAAAAACUACUAACAGACAAAAAAAGAAAAAAGGACAAAGGUCAACAGAGGCCGAUAGAAUGCUACACACACUACAGACUGCUCUGUCAGUUGCAAAGAAACUGGAAAUCCCAUUACUUGAAAAAGAACUGCUUGAUAUAAGACAGAAUAUGGAUGAAUGUAUUCAAAUUGGAGAGAAGCCUGCUAACAGGUUUACAGUGACAUGCAAGGAAGAAUGCACAUACAGUCGAGAGAAGCAUCAGGAGCUAUGGGAUGUGAUGAUCCGUAGCAAAAAUGGAGAGGUUCUUGGGGCCCACAAGUGCAUCCUUGCUGCAAAGUUAGAAUAUUUUCAUUGCAUGUUUGGAGCCAGUUGGAUGGAGACUACUGCAUCAAAAUCUCUUGAAAUGCCAUUGCCAACCAACAUCCUCUCCAUUAUCCUUGACUAUCUCUAUGAAGAUAAAUCACCAAAAUUAAUUCAAUGUCGAGAUCCAGAGUUUGUUUGCAAUGUUCUGGCAGUUGCAGACCAAUUUCUGAUUACUCGGCUACGGGAACUGUGUGAAAGUGUUUUGAGCGAGUUGCUCACUCUGAAGAAUGUGGCAGAAUUGCUGGAAUUUUCUGUGACCUACAAUGCACUUCAGUUGAAAACAAUUGUAAUGGAAUAUAUAUGCCUGAAUAUACCUACACUACUGGAAAAUGGAUCUCUGCUGUCUAUCAGUAACAGUGAUAUUUUGGUGGAACUGAGUGAAUAUUACAGAGAAUUAUACCAUGCAAUCUCUUACCGGAUGAUAACCCCAUAUGAUCACCCACCAUAUGCUGAUGAAUUAGAGCAGAUGUUUGAGGAGAAGCCAUUUACAUUACCUGAAUCUGAUGAAGAAUGGGAUGACAUUUCAUCUGUUAAAGGGGAGAAGGCGUUAUCAUUUGCUGGAGGUUCUGGCUCAACACGUAAAAAGAAACGCCAGCACCGCAACAGCCAAGGAGAUGGACGUUCUCGAAAAAUAUCAUCAUCCUCUGUUAGUUCAUCUGACUGUGACAUAACUAGAGACUUAGAAGAGGAUUUUGAAACUUUAGAUUUCAAUGACUUACAAGAACGAGUUCUCACUGAAUCUCCAAGUGGUGAAAGCAAUAAUUGUAAGCCUGAGUCAGUGUUACAAUCUUCUACAAAUACCGAGUUGGUUUGCCAGGUGCAGAUGAUACAUGAAAAUAGCUCAUGGCAGAAAGUUUGCAAGAAGAAAAGCACAGUUGGUCACUCAGCCCUUUUACCUAUAAAAUCACGAAGAGAAUCACUCAAUCAAGAAAGUCCUGCUGCUAACAAUGAACAGUCUUGUGGUUUUCCCGGAAGAAUUCAGGCUUGUGUUAUGGAAACAUCUAACAGAGAGACUUCAUUACCCAAGUUCCCAAGCUUACAAGAUUCCAUGGAAUUAGCACAAAAAAAUGCCCAUUUGCCAAAAAACAGCAAGAUGGGCAAGUUGUCUCAGAAACAGCGUAAGAAACUGGCAGCAGAAUCAGCUGCUUCUGAAGAAUCAACAAAGCGAGUGCAAUGUUUUUCUAGGAGUAUUUCUGCACCUGCGUGGGGAACCACCAAUGGUGCCAUUGUCACAGCUAAUGCUAUAACUGGCUCUCAAACUUUGGCUGACAUUAUGAAGGCUGAAGAAGCAAAAUUGAAAAAGAGCAGUCCCCCAGUACCAAUCCAAAGCAACAAGAGGCAGUCUGGAUCAGGUACCCCAAGCAAGAGAGGUUUCAGUUGGGGUAAAGAUGAAAUUUCAGCAGAUAAUCAGUCGGUUAUAGAAAAGGAGUGUAAUGGACUGUGGUCAGUGGUGGCAUCUUCACCACCAGUUUCUCCUGUGGAUGGCAACCUUCCCUCUCCAGGUCACAAAUACUUAGAGAAACAUGUACCUCAGUCUCCUCCUCAACUUCCAGCAGUGCCAAGCUUUUUUAACAUCUUACUUGAAGAAGAAACUCACUCUGAUAAUUUAAUGAGAGAACAGUCCAAACCCCUGGGAAUGAUACAGCUAGAGGAUCGGGCCAUUGAGGAACUGUUGAUCUUUUAUGGAGCUUCAAAAUGUUUUGAAGAAAAAAUAACUGUGACCCGUGUGAGAAGAACUGUUGCCAAUCCAACUUGGAGCAAAUGAUAAAAACUGAGCUGUGCAUUAACCCUAUGUGACAAAGAUAACAAUGUGAUAAUUGUUUUGAAAAGUAAAGCUAUCCACAUACAGGGUGUAAUUUAGUCAUAGAAAAUUUACGCACAUGUCCUGACACCUCCACUCAACACCCCACCACUACUGCUACCCUCCUUCCCGGCCCCCAAACUAGCUCACUUCACCUUUCUGUGAUGCUAGCUAUUCAAAGUGAGUACAGCUUUUAUACUUUGUAUCUUAUUUAAUCUCAUGCAUAUGUGACUGUUGAUUUGUUUAUUAUAUUUUGAGAACUAUGAAUAUCCUUGAAGUAAUGUGCACACGAAGAUGGGUCACAUUGACGUAAUGAGCAGUGUUGUACGCUUCAAUGAAAAAAGUGGCACCAUCAGCAUAAAUAGCCGGGAAAUUUUAUGCCGUCAGCAUCGGCAUAAACGAUUUCAUAAAUUGACGACUUUAGCGUCAACGAGUUUUCGGUGAUGUACAAAAGCAGCCGUGAAACGCAUAUUCUCCUGUGUAUGGGAGUAACAUGCAAAAUAAAAAAAUAUUCAUUCAUUUUUAAUAAUUUAUUAUGAUUUAUAUUAUAUAAAUUUAAUUAUUCAUUUAUUCCCCCGCAGGAAUACUAGCAUCUCAAAAUGCUUGUCGCUCAUUCUGCUGCGCUUGAGCCUCAAGAUGUCCUUGCCCAUGGAGAACAUGCCCUCCACGGCAGCACUAGAGAGGAUGGGGGGGUGUUGUAUUUGAUGAACAACUCCCUCAUGGCCUUGUUGAGGAAGGUGUCCUUGUCGAAAUUUUUUUUCAAAGGUUUCUCCCCCAGGAAGGGCUUGAAUAGGUCACUGUCUUUUUCAUUCCUGCGGGGGCCUCAUACAGGGCCUGGAACAAUUCGUCCUCCACGUCAUGGUCGUUGUCAUCUCCCUCACUGCUGCUCCUCUCAGUCUCGUGCAUGGACAUCUCCACCAACCUGGACAGCUGGUUGGUGGCCUUUUUCCUGACUUUAAAAUUCAAAUCUGUAGAAAGCUGCCCGGGCGGCGGGUGCGGCAAAAUUUUUCACGGUCGUCUAUAUAACAAGAUAUUGUAAUUGAAAAUCUAACUUGGAAAAAUUGACAAUUUUAGAAGUCGACGAACAAAUUGACGCUUGACACUCCGCUCAGGUGAAAAGUUGACUGUCACCUGUAGCGUCAUCUGCCGCAAAAAAUUGAUGGCAUCAGCGUUAACAAAAAGUUGACUGCGUUAAAUUAACGCCGUCAACGUACAACACUGUUAAUGGGUUAAUUAUUAACCCCUAGGCAUUGGACUAUGGUUAGCUGUCAGGAGCUAUAUUGGGAUCAAAGUGCUGGAAUAAGGAGAAAACCAAAUAAUUGGAGAUGUCAAAGAAGUGGUAACUUUGAUCAAUGAUGAGUUUAUUACAAACAUGAAGUUUAAGCAAUUUAACUUUUCCUUAAAGUUGUGCAAUUGGAACUGGUGUUGAAAAAGUUGUAAAAUUAUUAGUCACUUUGUCUCAUAUAUAACCCUUGGAGUGUGCACUGUUACUGACAAUGAUGUAUUAAUUUCAAUCUGUUUAUACAGUUUAUAUUCAAACUGACUGAAAAUUUUCACCUUUGUCAAAGAAAUUUAUUUUGUAUUUAGAAUCUUGUGAUACAAGAUCACCAUUGGUCAUGUCUAAAAUAUUCCUGCCACACCAUACUACUAAAGAUGAUUUUAGGAAUUACAAUUUUGUGAGAUGUAUGUUUGUAUAGUGCUAGGAGUUCUAAAUAAUAAAAAGUAAAAAAAAUUUAUAUCUUAAUAAAACCAAAGAAUAAU